AGCUGGGACUUUGACCUUGGUGACCUGGGAGUCAGGAUGGCUCUGGACAGACACCUCUCUCUUCAGGGACUCUGCUUCCUCCUGGUCAUCAUGGUGGGGGGUCAAGCUCUGGAGCUGAGGCUGAAGGAUGGACGCCACCGAUGUGAGGGGAGAGUGGAAGUGAAGCACCAAGGAAUAUGGGCCUCAGCAUAUAUUCAGUACUGGUUCAUCGAGGAUGCAGAAGUGGUGUGCGAAGAACUGGGAUGUGGACCUGCUAUUGAUGCUCCCAGAGGGUCUUAUUUUGGACCAAGGCUUGGUCCUAUUUGGGUUUUCUUUGUUAACUGCAGCAAUGCAGAGCCAGAAUCACCUUUCACUAUCCAUAAUUGUGUUCAUUCUGAUUUCAAAAACUAUAAUCAUACCUACUCUCAUGACCAGAGUAUUGGAGCAAUCUGCUCAGGAUUCGUGCGUCUAGCUCAAGGGAAUGGACCCUGUUCAGGGCGAGUAGAAGUGCAUUCUGGAGAAGACUGGAUGCCAGUGUCUGAUGGGAACUUCACAUUCCCCACCGCCCAGGUCAUCUGUGCAGAGCUGGGAUGUGGCAAGGCUGUGUCUGUCCUGGGUCAGAGGCCCCUCAGAGAGUCAGAUGACCAGGUCUGGCCUGAAGAGUUCAGGUGUAAGGGGGAGGAGUCCGUGCUCUGGUCCUGCCCCAGAGUGCCCUGUCCAGGAGGCACUUGUCACCACAGUGGAGCUGUUCAAGUUGUCUGUUCAGUGUACUCAGAAGUCCGGCUCAUGAGAAAUGGCACCUCUCAGUGUGCGGGGCGAGUGGAGAUGAAUAUUUCUGGAGGAUGGAGAACACUCUGUGCCUCCCACUGGACCACGGCCAAUGCCAAUGUUGUCUGUCGUCAGCUCGGCUGUGGAGUCGCCCUCUCCACCCCGAAGGGAGCAGAGGGAGGUGAUCAGAUGUGGAAAGCCCGAUUUCACUGCUCUGGGGCUGAGUCCUUCUUGUGGAAUUGCCCUGUGACUGCCCUGGGUGUUCCUGACUGUGCCCAUGGAAACACAGCCUCUGUGAUCUGCUCAGGAAACCAGACCCAGGUGCUGCCUCAGUGCAAUGACUCCCUGUCUGAACCAGCAGGCUCUGCAGCCUCAGAGGAGAGCACCUCCAGCUGCUCAGACAGCAGACAGCUGCGCCUGGUGGAUGGAGAGAGUUAUUGCUCAGGGAGAGUGGAGAUCCUUCACCAGGGCUCCUGGGGCACCGUCUGUGAUGACAGCUGGGACCUGGACGAUGCGCACGUGGUGUGCAGGCAGCUGGGCUGUGGAGAUGCCAUCAGUGCCCCAGGGUCUGCUCACUUCGGGGCGGGCUCAGGACGCAUCUGGCUGGAUGACGUGAUCUGUACAGGAAAGGAGUCCCACGUAUGGCAGUGCCCUUCCCGGGGCUGGGGGCAGCACAACUGCAGACACAAGGAGGAUGCAGGGGUCAUCUGCUCAGAGUCCCUGGCCCUCAGGAUGGUGAGCGAGGACCAAGAGUGUGCCGGGUGGCUGGAAGUUUUCUACAACGGGACCUGGGGCGGCGUCUGCCGCAGCCCCAUGGAAGACAUCACCUUGUCCAUGAUCUGCAGGCAGCUUGGCUGUGGGGACCGUGGAACCCUCAACUCUUCUGUUUCUCUUAGGGAAGGUUCUAGACCCCGGUGGGUGGAUAGAAUCCAGUGUCGGAAAACUGAUCGCUCUCUCUGGGAGUGUCCUUCUGACCCUUGGAAAUAUAGUUCAUGUUCUUCAAAGGAGGAAGCCUAUGUCUCCUGUGCAGGAAGGAGACCCAAGAGCUGCCCAACUGCUGCCCCCUGCACAGACAAAGAGAAGCUGCGACUCAGGGGAGGAAACAGCGUGUGCUCAGGGCGAGUGGAGGUGUGGCACAGCGGCUCCUGGGGCACAGUGUGUGAUGAUUCCUGGAGCCUGGCAGAGGCCGAGGUGGUGUGUCAGCAGCUGGGCUGUGGCCAUGCCCUGGAAGCCCUGCGGGAUGCGGCAUUUGGCCCCGGAAGUGGGAGCAUCUGGCUGGACGAGGUGCAGUGCAGGGGCAGGGAGUCCUCCCUGUGGGACUGUGCUGCGGGGCCCUGGGGGCAGAGCGAUUGCAAGCACGAGGAGGACGCUGGAGUGAGGUGCUCUGGGAGUUUCCCUGUGCCCACGCCUUGUCCAACCCCUCUUGUCUUGUUCUCCGUAGGGGCCAGACCAGGCUCCAAUCCUAUCCCUGGCAUUUUUUCCCUUCCUGAGAUCCUCUGCCUCAUCCUGGGGGCUCUUCUCCUCCUGGUUGUCAUCGCCCUGGUGACUCAGCUGCUCAGGUGGAGAGCAGAGCGCAGAGCCUUAUCCGGCUUGGAAGGUGCUCUCGCUGAGGCCGUGUAUGAAGAGAUCGAUUACCUUGUAACCCCGAAGGAGGAUCUGCUGGGCAGCCCAGGGUUCCUAUCAGAUGACUCAGUGACCAAACUGCAGUAUUACACCGGGGAAGGUGAAGAGAACAGAGACUCCAGAUCUGCUCCAGAUGGUAGAGGAGAACCCUCAGCCCAGGGGGUUGAUGCCCCCAGUGAGGGUUAUGAUGAUGCUGAAGAGGUACCCGUGCCUGGGGCUCCUGCUGCCUCUCCGAUGGGCACCAGGGAAGUGCCUCCAGAAGAGGAGAGUGGGAUGCGGGCCUCUCAGACAGGCUCUUCUCUGAACUUCCCUAGAGAGGUGGCUGAUCCUGGGAAAGGAGAAGAUAACCCCUUGCUUCUCCAGAGGGAAAAGGGGGACCCUGAGUAUGAUGACGUUGAACUAAGUCCCCCUGGCGCCUCCAUGGUGGCUUUCCCAUGAUGUUGUAAUGAUAUGAGACGAAGACUCAGAUACUCUAAUGGCUUGUAUUUCAACAGUGUUUUGCUGACGUAUAAUUGUAUUAGAAUGAAACUGCUCAAAGUAAAAUGUUCUGAGUAAAGUA